UAUAUUAAUAAGAUAGAUUUUCUUUAACUUUAUUUAUUCAACAAUCUUGCAUCAAAAAAAUAUGGCUUCAGAGCCCAAAAAGACCGAGACAAAUAAACCCUUAUUUCAGUCUGACCACGACGAAUUGGAAACAACAGAAAUCCAGAGUUUGUGUAUGUAUUGUCACCAGCAAGGAACAACGCGCUUACUCCUCACCAAAAUUCCGUUCUUCAAGGAUCUAGUCGUUAGUUCGUUUUCGUGCGAUCAUUGCGGUCAUUCAGAUACUGACUUACAAUCGGCGGAUCCUAUUCAAGAAUUUGGGGUAAAAAUGUCAUUCAACGUUGAUCCACAGCGUGACCUCAAUCGGCGAGUCGUGAAAACGGAGUCCACUACGAUAAAAAUUCCAGAAAUUGAUUUCGAAAUACCUCCCGAGUCGCAAAAAGGUAUUUUAACGACAAUCGAAGGGGUGAUCGAUCGGGCUGUACGUGGGUUAGAACAAGAACAACCAGUUAGGCGCAUCAUGGAUCCCGCAACUGCUGAAAAAAUUGAUGCUUUUGUUAAAAAAUUAAAAGAACUUCAAACACGAGAAAAACCAUUUAAGAUGAUUCUUGAAGAUCCAGCGGGAAAUUGUCACAUUGAAAAUUACAACGCACCAAAUCCAGACCCGCAGAUGAUAAUUUCACAUUUUGAGCGUACGAAACAACAAAAUGAAGCUCUUGGGAUCUCUGCUGCCCCCGCUGAUGGAAAUAACGAAUCUGAAGAGACUGAUAACCCUGCGCCAGGAGAGGUUAUGCAAUUUAAAACAAAUUGUCCGAAUUGCAACGCACCAGUGGAUACAAAUAUGAAGAUGGUAGACAUCCCCCACUUCAAAGAAAUUAUCCUAAUGGCGACAUCGUGUGACGCAUGUGGAGAGCGUACAAAUGAAGUCAAAUCUGGCACAGGAUUUGAAGAAAAAGGGAAAAAGAUAACUUUGAACGUUACUGAUGCUUCAGAUAUGAAUCGUGAUUUACUCAAAUCUGAAACAUGCUCGGUGCGUAUCCCAGAAAUUGAUAUGGAAAUUGGGGGUCACGCGAUAGCAGGAAAAUUCACGACUUUGGAAGGCUUACUGGACGAUAUCAGGGACCUUGUCGUUAAGAAAAACCCUUUUACAGCGGGAGAUAGUGUGGAUGCCGACAUGAGAAAAAAUAUCACAACGUUCGGAGAAAAAUUAGAGGGCCUGAAAAUCGGGAAAUCGAAUUUUACAUUCAUAAUGGAUGACCCAGCAGGUAACUCAUAUCUACAGAAUGUCUACGCUCCAGAAGAUGACCCAGAAAUGAAAAUCGAACUUUAUGAACGGACGUACGAUCAAAAUGAGGAACUCGGACUGAAUGACAUGAAAACAGAAAACUAUGAACAAGAAGGAUAAAACUUUUAUGAACGACCGACGGGGGGUGACCAGGAAUUCUCGGGGAGGGAGAUUUUGAAUUACCAAGUUUGACUGUAACAGCAGGGUGGUCCAAGGUUGUGGGCUACGCGGGCCACAAAAUUAUACUGGCAUUGGUCGCGGCCCGCGGGCCACAAUAGGAUCAAGAAUAGAUUAACAGCGCAAUACAAAACAAGCACUUCUAUUGUGUAAACACAUAGUUAUCAGGCAUUGCCAACCUAGGCUAAUGGAAUCCGCAUUCGAUUUUUAGUUUUCUAUCAUGCCUAUAUUGUUAGCAUAUAAUCCCGACCAAAACGAUAGAAAUCCAGGUAACAAUUCAGACUGCCCAUCACAUCUUCAACUUCGCUAGUUGCUAGGCAUCAUACUAGUCAAUUCAGUCACAGUGGUGAUAUAAAAUCAAUACGUCAAACGAUUUUUCUGAUUUAUUUUAUGAGAAGCAAUUUAAAAUACGAUUUUUUGACGAUACGAUUACAAAAAAUUGGGAAGGCUGUUUGCCUUCCUUGACCUUACAAAAAGUGUUUCAUUAUAUCGACGCAUGAAAUCCAAAUUGGGCUAAGUCCAUUUUUCUAGUUUUGAGAAACUAGACCCUUAACCCUUUAUGGCUCUCAAUUUUCUGGACCAGAAACAAUUUUAUUGGACUCAGGGCCCCUUUAUUAUGUUAUUAUAGAGGCUGGUAUGGACUUAGCGCUUUGUAUUAUAUUUUUUGAGAGGAGCUAUGUCCA